CUUCCCGGCUUAACGGCUCCCGCCAACGGAAUUUCUGGCGAAGGCGCCGCCGCAGCUCCGGCGACGGUAAACGGAAACGGAGCGGCGAACGGCGUGGGUAACCAGAAAGCUCAAGUGUACAACCCUCCGGCGAACCGUCCGGUGUACCGUUCGCAGCCAUACAGCCGCCAUCACCACCACCGAACGCGGCCGAGCUGCCGCCGCAUCUGCUGCUGCUGCUGCUUCUGGUCGAUACUAAUCUUGCUGAUCCUCGCUCUCAUGGCUGCGAUCGCCGCGACAGCUGUGUACGUGGUCUACCACCCGCGUCCGCCGUCGUUCUCCGUCCCGUCGGUCCGAAUCGGCCGAUUCAACCUCACAACGGCCGCGGAUUCCUCCGUCUCCCACGUGUCUUCGCUCUUCAACUUCACAUUGGUCGCCGAAAAUCCGAAUCAGCACCUCACAUUCUCGUACGAUCCCUUCACCGUCGAGGUCUUCGCCGCCAAAUCUGGGGUCCUGGUCGGGAACGGCACCGUCCCGGCGUUCUUCAGCGGCAGCGGGAACAAGACGUCGUUCCGAUCGGUGGUCGCGGCAUCGACGGAGGCGCGAGAUCUGUUCCCGGACGAAGCGCGUGAACUGAAAACGGAUCUGACGCGCCAGCGCGUGGGGAUAAGGAUCGGGAUGAAGACGAAGGUGAAGAUGCAGAUGGGGAAGCUGAAGAGCAAAGGCGUGGAGAUCAAGGUCUCCUGCGAAGGAUUCGAAGGGGCGAUUCCCAGAGGCAAAUCUCCAACCAUUGCAAGUGGGAAAUCCAAGUGUAAGGUCGAUCUCAGUGUCAAGGUCUGGAAAUGGAGUCUCUAAGCUAAUUUUGAUUGAAAUUUGGGAUCGUUUUAUAACUUUUUUGGGUUUGUAAAAGAAUUUAAUUAUCACAAAUUUUAGUAUAAUUUCCGG